AGAGUUUUGCGGGUACCAUGGACAGCCAAAAAGACAAAUAAGUGGGUACGAGAUCAAGUCAAGCCUGAAUUCUCCUUAGAAGCGAAAAUGACAAGACUAAAGUUAUCGUACUUUGGUCCCAUCAUGAGAAGACAAGAUUCUCUGGAAAAGUCAAUAAUGCUAGGAAAAGUGGAAGGUGGUAGGAAAAGAAGAAGACCUAAAACGAGAUGGCUGGACUCGAUAAAAGAAGCCACGUCCUCCCGUUUGCAGGAUCUGGCGUCAUCUCUGUGGUGCUAUAAGUGUGAGAAUGCGCAGUAUCACAAGGACUGUAAAGAGGUUAAGUGUUCAGAUAUGGACUCCUUCUGUGUGACAGCAAAGAAUGAAGUACCUGAUCAAGAGCUUCUCGUCUCCAAGUGGUGUUCUGCAAACUGCCCAAGGGCCGGCGAGAUCAAGGGGGGCAAAAGAAGCGUGGAUUGCUGCCAGACCGAUUAUUGCAACAGCGGCAGCGGCAGCGUGAGAGGCAGUUAUGCCGUUAUGGGCACGGCUCUGCUUGCCAGUUCCUUCUACAUCCUUCGGACUUGGCUGUAAUGGAGGCAAGGACAGAAGACCUCUCGAGGGUGCCUUCUGGAAGCUCAUCAGAGAUGCUGACCCUUCCCCUUAAAGGCCCUUCUCUAGCCGUUCGAGACCUUAUGAAGAAUGCCUCCCCCCCCCCGCAUUUCCUAGCCACUAUGUAGGAUGCACUUUUGAAAGCUUUCCUGUGUAAAAACUCAAUGCAUGAAGUAAACUUGCACAUCAGGGGGGAAAGGGUUUAUGUAACCGGUAUGUGGAGAGAUUUUAUGUGUGGGGGGUAGAGGGGAAAAUAUUCAAAAAUAUGAAAACAUUCUGAAACCGAAGUUACGAUAUAGACUAAAAUUCUACUGCCUCAUUUCACAUAAUGUAUCGGUUGCUUCUGGAAUUUCCCCUGAGCUCUGUGCUUGGGCUCUCUCUUUCUCUUUCGGUCUUUCAACUCUGUUCUUGUGCUUCUACCUGUGGGCCUCACUUCCCAUCACUCCCAGGGAUGAGGGUGAAACACACUGGCCUCCAACUUGCUUUGGGCUGUGAAGUGGAAGUAAAGUCCAGCUCCACCACAAAGGCCUCUUCUCUUCCUCCACCUUGUUUCCAGCUCUCAGACAUGAACCUUACAAUGCCUUGCACGUGUGCCAAUAGUCUCCAGGGCUUCUGAGAGCCAAACUACACAUGACGCCUGACAUGAGUUGGACACUUGCCAGCUUCCCUCAAGUUUUGAUGGGAAAUGUAAGCAGCUUGGCGGAAUGUUGGACAAGUGACAGUUGAAAAGUCCAUUGGACAGCAGUCGGAGAGCCAAGCUGCAAGACCAGGACGCCUGCAUUUCCCAUCAAAACUUGAGGGAAGCUGACUAGUGUCCAACCUGUGUCAGGCGUCACUUGUAGUUUGGCUCUGAGACUUGCCUCCCUCCCCAAGUGUCUGGCAGGGACCACGGUAGGAAUGACUGUUGGCUGCUGUCCCAGGGAACAAUCUCUCAUCCGGAUCAAUCCUAAUUUAAGAUAUCCUAAAAUGCUCAGUUGAAGAGCGCUGCCUCCUAAUGGGCAAAAAACAACAGCGUCAUUUUAGGCGUUUUGCACCCAGGUGCAUUAGCUAUAAUGUGACCUAGAACAGUUAUGAUAAAGGAAUGCUGGAACCGGAAGAUCUGGAAUUGCACAGGACUUCUUCCAGACAGGAAUGUCGGUUCUUUCUCAGGAAACCCUCUAUUUAAGUCUGCCUCUUGUAUCGUCCCCACCCAGUGGCACCACUUAAGCUCUGUGGUUUGCUUAAAACAGCAUCUCAUGUGCCUGGGGGCUGCCCACCCCAUCUCUUGCUCUGGGCUGGCCUUGGCCAGUUCUUCUGUCACCAGUGGAAAUAAUUUUCCUACUGGAAUGUGUGUUGGUUGAACAUCAACCCUGUGCCACCCUUCUCAGUUUUUAUCCAGAAUGCACCAUGUUUUACCAUUUCCAUCUGGUAUCCUCCAAAAUGGCCUUCCUUUCUCUUCCUGCCACAGCCUUUAGAUCUGUCUUGAUCUACUUGAGUCCUUGGAUACUGUUGGUAUUACGUAUGCUAAAUACCAUUAAAAUGUCAUUUUGUUUUACAAAGAA